AUGUCAAAGCUAGAUAAACUUAUGAUCCAGGGAAUAAGAUCAUUCGAUCCAAGAGAAAAAAAUGUGCUGGAGUUUUAUACACCACUAACACUCAUUGUUGGAGCAAACGGCACAGGAAAAACCACUGUUAUUGAAUGCUUGAAAUAUAUCACCACGGGUGAUAUGCCACCUAAUAGCCGGGGCGGUGCGUUUAUAUAUGAUCCUAAGAUUGCUAAAGAAAUUGAUAUCAAGGCUGAAGUGAGGCUUGAGUUUAGAAAUAACAAAAAUGAGGUAUUGCUAUGCAGUAGAUCGAUGCAAUCAUCAACAAGAAAAGCAAGAGCUGAACAGAAGACUUUGGAGUGCUCACUGAGUAGAGAACUAAAUGGCAGAGAGGUUUUAAUAACAACUAAGCUCGGAGAUAUUGAUAAAGAUGUUCCAGAGCAUCUGGGAGUAAGCUACUCAAUCCUUGAAAAUGUAAUCUUCUGUCAUCAGGAUGAGAGUAUCUGGCCUAUUGGCGACCCAACUGUUAUGAAAAAAAAGUUAGACGAUAUUUUCAGUUCCACAAAAUACAACAAGGCUCUUUUGGGAUUAAAAGCUUCUAAAAAAGAGAUAGCGGCAGAUUUAAAACUGAAGACGCAGCAACUCUCGUUUUUCCUGAAAGAAAAACUAAAAAGAGAUGAUCUUUUGAAGAAAAUUGAGUCAUACAACGAGGAAAUGGAGAAGAAAAAUGUAAAAUUAAGAGCAUUUGGCGAUGAAACAGCCAGAAUUGAGCGAAACAUGAAAUCUAUUGCUAAUGAGCUGGUGAUCUAUGAAAAAUUAGAUCAGAACUAUAAGAUAUUGAAAGCCGAGUUUGAUAGCUGCAUGAAAUUCAUAAGCAAUUUUUCAUAUGAGAUACUAUCUGCUACAGACAAAGAAUAUGCUGUCCAAAGAGUUAACGAACUAGAACAAACGCUUCUGGAUCUAGAUAACUGUAACAUUGAAGAAGAGUUCUCAAGAAUUGAAAAAUAUAGAUUGAAAGUAUUGGAGGAGUCACAGAAGAAUGAAGAUAAGCUGAAUAAGAUUCAAAACAACGAGCAUACACUAAGUAACCUAAUGGCAGAAAGAAAGGAAAAUAUUGAUAAUCUUAUGGGUGAGUUUGGAUGUGCAGAGCCUGAGCUGUCUGGAAAGAUUCUAGAGGUAUUUAAGGUAGCUGAAGACAACAUUAAACAGAAAGAAGCAGAACUAGAAAGGGAAAAAGAGGCUUUGAUACUUCAAAAAAAUGAGCAAAAGAUAUUUGAACAAACAGCAUGUGAAAAGAGCGAGUUCAUAAAUCGAUAUAAAGAUUUGAAGCCAAGACCUGAGAUUGAGAUUGCGGAUAUUGCCAUAGACUAUGGCAAGCAGCUAGAGCUUGAGGCUACCGUCGAUGAGUUGCUAGAGGAUGUCAAUGCUAAGCAAGACAAAAUGAAUGAGGCAUUUAGGCAAUCUGAAAAAACGUUUAAAAGAAGCUUACUUAUUGAAUCUAUUGAAAAGUUGAAAAAUGAAACUGCAGAAUAUUCUGCUAGUGAUAUGAAAAGAGAGAUUGAGGAAAAGACUGACGCCUUGAACAGGCUGAUGGACCAGUGCAAGCACGUUAGCUCAGAGGAGCAGAAAAAUAAGAUUAUAGCUGAACAAAAUGGUGUUUCAAAUGCAAAGGUACUUCUUGAAAUGAAGAUUCUGUUUGAAAAGAUUAAUUUUUUCGAUGAAAAGAAGUAUGAAAAUAAGGUUAUCGAUGUUGAAAACCAAUAUAAUAAUAGACAUAACGGCAAUAUUGCAGUGGAUGCUUGUGCAGUCCCAAAAAUUAAGGAAAUAUUUCACACAGACAGUUCCAAGUUAAUCAACAAGGAUAUAGCAAUAUUGAAACAGUUAGAAAAUAGUGAUAUUCUAAAAUUAGAGCCAUUGAAAAACGUGGAAAGUCUCAUUUCUGAAAUUGAGGAUGGUAGAAAUAAAAUAGAAAACAAUAAGUAUGCCAAUGCCAUUUAUAAAAACUUUUUGGAAAUAGGCAAUAAAAACAAGAUCUGCCCACUCUGUAAGAACUGCAUGAAGGACGAAACUAUGCUGAGCUUCAAGACUAGACUGGAAACCCUCCUUGAAAAACUGCCGGAACGUGUGAAGGCCACUGAAGCGAAGCUGGAGACUCUUAAGAACAAUGUUAAGAUACAUGAGAAGAUGAAUGCAGAGAUUGAACAAAGAAAUAGUGCUAAAAUGAGAAUAAGGCAGUUGAUAUCUGAGCUUCUAGAAUGUAAUUUCGAGAAUGCGAUGGACAACAUGGCAAGCAUACUCGAGAAGAAGAUACAUGAAGGGCAGGUCGAGUUAGACAGACUAAAGCAGAAGUUUGCAGAUGUUAAAAAUAAAAAAGACCAACUAAAAUCCAUGGAAAACGAACUUAGUAAUAUUCAAGAAGAUGUUGAUAUAGCAUCAAUCAAAGAGGAUCUCAACAGCUCAAAAUCUCAUUUAGAGCAGAAAAGAGCUGAACUUUCCUUAUACAACAAAGAAAUCAAACAGAAAGAGUGUCUGUCAAAACUUAUCCAACAAGAGAAAGAAAACAGAGAAAAUAUUAAGACACGUGACAGGUAUAUAGAAGAUUUAAAGAGUAUUAAAGUAGUUAACCUGAAAACACUUGAGAACUCUAUUUCCAUCAAAGAAGAUAAGCUAGACAAGAUAAAGAAACGGUACAUAAAAAGAAAAAUGGAUGUUGAAAUAAAGAAUGAAAGGAUAGCCCAGAUAGACCGAAUAGUCAGGCAGACCAAGGAGGAGAUAGCAGUGCUAAAGGCAUCUAUUACAAAUAGCUUUUAUGAUGAGACCGUGAUGUUUAAUCGGCAGAUUCUACAGGUCGAAAUAUUAAAGGAUACCAACGAAUAUGAAAAGAUAAGGUCUCAGAUAAUGGAACAUAAGAAUAAAAUAAUAAAGCUCACAAAAGAGCUGGAAAUGGCAAAGUAUAACUUAUUAGUUAUAGAGGAGAAUAUAAAGUUAAGAAGGACCAAAGAAAGAAUUGUUAGUAUCGAGAAUGAGCUUAAAAGCUUCGAUUCUACCAGGUAUGUCCAACUAAAGGACAAAUAUUCACAGUAUGAGGAUAAAAAAAUAAAAAUGAGCAGUUCUGAGUCUGUAAUCAAAGGAGAAUUAAAGCAGCUGGCACAUACACUUCGAGCCCUAGGCGAGGAGUUGGAAGCAUAUGCCAAUUCCAAUAGGAACUAUCUUACAUGCGCAGUAGAAAUCAAGACCCUUGAGUUAGGUCUAGAUGAUAUGGACAAGUGCAUUAAUGGACUUGAUAAGGCAAUUGUAGAUUUUCACAGUUCAAAGAUUGAAGAGGUGAAUAAGACACUGAGAGAUUUGUGGAGUAAUACUUACAAAGGAAACGAUAUUGAUUAUAUUGAGUUGAAAUCUGAGAGUUCUGAAACCAGGGCAUAUAACUACAGGAUGGUAAUGGUAAAGAGUGGAGUAGAGCUAGAUAUGAGGGGUAGAUCUUCGGCAGGCCAGAAGAUGAUAGCUAGCAUUCUAUUUAGAAUUGCAUUAGCUGACUCAUUUUCCUGCGGCUGCAAUGUCCUAGCACUUGACGAGCCAACAACAAAUUUAGAUAGGGAAAAUAUUGAAAGUUUAGCACAGACACUCUCAUUAAUUAUUAAAGAAAGGACUGAUUUCCAACUGAUUGUGAUUACACAUGACGAGGAAUUUGUACAACUUCUGAACCGAGAAGGAACAGAGUACUUCUACAGAUUAAAAAGAGAUUCAAAGGGGAAUGGGCACAUUGAAAGGCAUUCAAUUUAUGCCAAAAAGAGAUGA